AUGGGGAUUAUACUCCAAGUUAUUCUAGGAAUGUUUCAAUUCCUGCUGCUCACCACAAUCCCGACGUCCCACGCCAAGCUGGCUCACUGGCGGCCCACCGACUCGUCGAAAUCCAGAGAAGGUCGAGAAGUGCGCCGGUGGCUGGAGGUGUACUCCCGCAGCGGCUGCGAACCCCGAGAAACCUUGGUGGAGGUCUGGCGGGAGUUGCCGGAUGAGACGCACCAUCUUUUCGUACCAUCCUGCGUGGCGCUGAGGAGAUGCGGCGGCUGCUGCGCCGACGAGGCCAUGGAGUGCGUGCCCUCGCUCACGCACACGCUCACCAUGGAGCUAAUGAGGACUUCCUUUAUGAAGCAUGAGCUCAUUGCGCUGACCUUUGUUGAACACAGCCAGUGUGAGUGCAGACUAAAAGAACAGCGCCCGCUGACGCCAACAAGGCCCUACCACGAGCCCACAAGAGUCAAGAAAAAGGGUCGAGGAAGGAAGACAGUCAGAAUUGCGACUCCUGUUCUUUCCUCUACACCCACCACUUCUCCUCCACCUCCUCCUCACCCAACGACCGCAAGGCCAUCUUGUCGGCCGUGCCGGGGCAGAAAGUGGACGCUAGAUGCGACAUCGUGUCGGUGUUCUUGCACACUCACUGCUGAGAGCUGCCAUCGAAAACACCGGCGACUUAACCAUCAUCGCUGCAGGUGUGACGCCGUGAAGACUUGA